UAGUAUUUACUUUUUUAGUGAAAAAUAUGAGUAGAUAUCUUACACUUCUUCAGACAACGUGACAAGGAAGUUUCAGACACAGAAAUCGCCGGAUUGUAGUCGGAAAGAGCCAUGUGGCAGACGGCAUCACCGGGUUCCGGCUCGUCCGACGGCGAGCCAGGGGCGGAGAACCGGCCGUUAGGCGAAGACGGCGUCGCGGAAACCGAGUCAACGAAGGAAGCAGACGCUGUGGAAAACGACGGCUUCGGUUCUCAGCCCCCUGCAUCCGCCGCCGGUGGAUUAUCGCCGGAGAGACAGGAAAACGGCCCGACGCUUCCUCCGCCGGAGAAUAUGGUGCGUGAGGAGGGUUUUGCCCUGAGAGAAUGGCGACGUGAGAAUGCGAUUCGGCUGGAAGAGAAGGAGAAGAGGGAGAAGGAGAUAGUGAAGGAAAUAAUCGAGGAAGCCGAUGAAUACAAAGCAGAGUAUUACAGGAAAUGGAAGCUUAGGUGUGAGAACAGCAUAACUUCCAACAGGGAGAAGGAGAAGUUGUUCCUUAUGAGCAGAGACAAUUUCCAUGCUGAAGCUGGCAAGAAUUAUUGGAAAGCCAUUGCUGAGCUCAUCCCCAAUGAAGUCCCAACAAUAGAGAAGAAGGGGAAGAAAACACCUGUUGUUGUUGUGAUCCAAGGACCAAAACCUGGGAAGCCAACAGAACUGUCUAGGAUGCGCCAAAUACUUGUCAAGCUCAAACACGCCCCGCCUCCACAUAUGAAAUCUUCCCCAAACCAACCAUCAGAGCCUGGCAAAGAAACCAAGCCAGGCGUAACUGCUGCAGCUCAUCCCGCUAAGCCUGCAGCACCAUCACCACCAGAUGCCUCCUAGCUCAUCUGUUGCAAGGUAAGCUCGCUGCUCGUUCAUUCUUGAAAAGCAUUACAAUAGAUCAAUGCUCUCUAGCCUUUCUCACUCAUGUAUGAUAUGCUUUGCUUAAGCUGAAGUUCCCAGUUAUGUUCAGAAAGAUACUGUUUUUCUUAGCUUGUUUUAGACCUGUUGCCUUGAGAAUUAUGGCUGUAUAGUGUGUAUAGAGUGUGUUCUGCUGCUUUAUUAUGUUGAUAUGAUCAAAUAUAAUACACUUCUGUUCAUAGAAA